CAGACGUUCCAUUACUUUGCGCCGCUAGUACCGUGGUGCACUAAGGCCCAUGAUAACGUAGAUUCGACAUUCAGCAUCGUUUUAAUAGACAAGCCGGGAUACCGCACACAGGCAAUCGUGGGCGUGCAAGCCUCCGUUGAGGCCCACCCAGCCGUCGAUGAUGACAUCAUCUCGACCCCGCGGCGAUGUUGGCGGCAGUUUUGCUAGCAGACGCGGCCAUUCCAGUCAGCUUUCGAUUUCCGAUCCAAGCCAUCAUGUUACCGAGGCUAUUGGUACUCUGUAUGGCGAUGAGGACGAUUCAGGAUCAGAAGGUGGUCGGCCGUUGAGUGUAAAUCGUCCACUGAGCUUUAUAGGCGGCCCGACACCUUACCAAGAAUCGCUCCCUCGACCACCUCCAGAUGAUCGAUUUCUGUCCGUAGACACACGAAGAGGUCUUAAGCGAACCGAUUCCGAAUCGUCCGCCGGCGAGACAUCGCCUGUUAAUGGCGACCCGACCAAACGGCCUCAACCGCUUUCACAAGGCCAGCGAAGUAACUCAUUCGAACAAGGACCGAAAUCGCCGUUAUCUCCCACGCUUUCACUUCGUGAUGUUCAAGCCGACUCGCAAUUUUCUCUCACGAACAUUGAUAAUCCAAAUGACAUCGCUCAGGAGUUGAGUAAUUUACAGGCCCUCAGGCGGCUGUCUAUGGAUGUUGGAAACAACAAGGAUCCUGAUAUGCCACCCAUGUCUUUAAUGGCUAUGCCGACUAUAGCACCAAGCGGUGACGACGAUGAGAACGACCCUUCAAGACUACUUUGGGUACCUGCGAGAGUGCAUCCAGAGUUGGCUCCCGGCGAGUUUAAGUCGUUCCUCGAAAACAGGGUUCAUUCGAUAAGACGAAGGUCCGGAGACUCUUUUCUGUCCGCCGAUACCGAUACCAACGAAGGCGACUCGGGAGCUGGGGGAUUAAGAAGGAAAAAGUCCAUGCUGUCACGACAAAUAGACAAUUCAGGAGAUGGCGGUGCUCUCGGUUAUGUCGAUGGUGCUGAUCGAUUAGAUCGAAAACGCUCACGGGGCCACAGUCAUGAACUCAGUCUGGAAGAACUCGUGAAAGAUCCCACGAAAGCCGUGCAGAAAUUUGCUCAAGAAUCUCAAGUGGCACCCUCUGGACCCGAGAGCAAUGCAGACGAUAUGCCAAUUUUGCCUGCUGCCCCAGGUAUGGGACUACGGAGGUCAACUCGAACAACAUAUCGCAAGGGCGGCAGUCUACGGACUGGACCUCUGGCUCGACGGUCUGGGCAUAGGCAACAACCCAGUGAGGAUUCGAAUUUCGCUCCUCUGGAAGCACCACCCGGUCACGGUCUUACGCGAGUCCAGUCGGAGCCUGUAGCAGACAACUACUCACAACAAAAUCGCACAGUCAAACGAUCACAUAAGUUCUCCCAGGAGUCAGUGGAAGAUUUCGAUUCUUAUGAUGAAACAAGGCAAGGGACCAAUAAUAGCGAGCUUAAACGUGCAGAGACAUUUCAAGACCAGCUACCCAUCCGACCUUCACCGAGUCUUCCAACGAUUGAGACCUCAAUUCACCAAGACGCUCACGAUCAGCAUGAACAGAAGUUUCCAAAACGGUCAUCGUCUCAAAACGCAAAGACUCACCCUAUUUCUCAGAGAAUGUCGGAACCCGAACCCGUGAUAGAGGAAGAACCUAGCCGCUCAAGUCGACGAAGCAUUGGUCGACAGCCUGCGUCUCAGCCUGCACAACAGCAAUAUACCUCCCGAUCAUCAUAUCCCCAAAGCCAAUCCUUGAACGAUAAUCUUGCGGCAAACCCUUCACUACUUCCUGGAAGUGGCUCAUCGCGAACUGAUAGCCUCACUUUCAUACCAACACUGAACCAGGAUGAGCGAAAAUCCGAAAAGAAAUCGAAGAAGGAUCGGGAUGACGAUUCAAGCUCGACCAAGUCUUCCGGAAGUGCCUGGAAAUGGUUCAAGAGUACAAGUGAUGACAAAGAAAAGAAGAAAGAAGAGAGCAAGAAGUCCAAGACCAAAUCACUCGGCGAAAGAGUUCAGGACAACGUACGAUUGGAUGUCAUUCAAACAUCAAUUGACAAGAACGCACCCAAGGGCCGUGAGAGCCUUGUUCUUGACCGUGACAACGUGGAAAGCAAAUUGCAGGAAGAACGAAAGAAGGAGAGUCACCGCAAGAGUGAUUCCAAGAGGGACAAGGAUGGUAGUAUCUUCUCGUCCAUCUUUGGUGGAAGCAAGAAGAAGGAGGAGAAAGAGCGAAAUGCGAAGAAGACCCAACACCUCAAGGUUCCCGAGGAGCCAGUAUAUAAGCCCCUAGUCCCUGAUGUGGAUUAUCACUGGACAAGGUUUCCUCUACUCGAGGAGAGAGCGAUAUAUCGAAUGGCUCAUAUCAAGUUGGCCAACCCGCGUCGACCCUUGCUCAGCCAAGUUCUACUGAGCAACUUCAUGUACAGUUACCUGGCUAUAGUUCAGGCGAUGCAUCCUCAGAUGAACGUACCCAUUUCGCCGCAACAGAAGCGCUUGGAGGAGGAAGCUCGUCGAAAGCAACAGGAGCAGGAAUACCUGGCUCAACAGCAGAUGCAGGAAGAGCAAGAUGCCCAGGAAGCCAUGGAUCAAUACGACUUCGAUUAUCACCGGGCCGCGGUACAAUACGGCGAGUCUGGCAACGGAGAGGUUGAUUAUGUUGACGAUGCUCAGAUUUAUGAGGAUGAGCACGGCACAGAUCACCACCAAGACUAUGGCUACGAUGAUCCAGAAGGGUACGGACCGGGAUCCAAGGAAUACUACCACCAGUACCAUGACACUGGGAACGAUCGUCGGCAAGAUGGGCGAGAGGAUAUGUGGUAACAGCCCGAGUAGUUGUGCAAAGCUCAUUCGCAGAGUUGAUCGUUAUAUAUGUUAAUGUUUUUUAUCACCACCAACUAUCAUUAGCUGCCGGGGCAAGUGCCUCAGACAGCGUGCAGCGUUUUCAAUCAGCCCUAGCAUAUGGCGGAGUUCCGGAAGACGAGCGCACGAGGGCGUAACAGGCUUGCUAACAUACACUUCCAAUUUCCUUUUCUCCUUUGUGAAAGAAGAAUGGCCACGAGACUGGCGUGGAGACAAUCUUGCGUGAGCCUUUCUUGGUCUUCCUGUUUUUCCCUGCGCUGCCAGUCUUUGCAAUAAUGUUUG